AAACGGUGGUGUGUCAGUGUGUUGGUAGGAAAACGAGCCGUGAACCUAGCUCCGUUCCAUGCACGGUGGACGGACACAGUUAAACAAAUUCCGCGAAACUCGAAGGAACACGAAAGAACGGUUCUCCGCGCGCGCGACCGUCGUACGGUUUGUUCAAUCGCUAAGAAUAUUCAUCGUCUUAUUCCGCGUUCGAUAAAGUUGCGUGUGUCUCUGCUGCCGUGCAUUACCGUGUACGCCGUGGUUUUCGGUGCUACAGAAAGUCCUAGAAAGCAUCCUAGGUCGGCAAAGAUAGUGUGGCGUGAAAAGCGAGCAAAACAAAGCAUCAGUUCUGCUGUUAUUAUCCAGCAGAACCGCACAUACACACACACACGCAUGCGGUACGGUGCAGUGCUGUGUGGUGGAGUGUGUUGUUUUCGUCAAGGCAGAACCGCGAGACGUGUCUGUGGCGAAGAUUCUCCUUCCUGGAACCGAAAUAACAUCCACCUCUGAAGGCCAAAUGUUAUUUUCUCUGCCCCACCAUACCAGCCGCGUUCGUUCGAUGUGUUCGAUGCGGCCCUAGAUGGCAAUGCGAAGAAGGGUCCGAAUUUGGCGUUAAAUAACAAUCGAAGAUAGCGGGAUAUGGAGAUGGAAGCGAAUGUACGGUAGAUGUAGAGAGAAGCAAACAUUUGGGGUGUUAAUUUUGAUGGAUCAGGCAAAAGUCGGCAGCUCCUGCUUUCACACACAUGCAAGAUGCCAACGAGACGGUGCAGUGGUGGUAAACAUCGUACGGUAGAGUUAUGUUGCCCUUAGGUUAGCCCGGUGGGAGCUGCUUUUCGGGAAGCAUCGAUCGUUUCGCCGUAAAAAAAAAACACGCACACAGGCCUUUCACGGGAGGCAAAAAGUGCACUGUCUGGUGUCCCAGUUCGCAUCCCUGUCCGUCGGUGACUCACACAGUGUUUCUGUUUAUUUAUGUGUGCAUUCUGUGUGGUUUGUAGCUCGCGAAGGUCAUUUCUGAGAAGCAUAGAAAGCGAAGAAACAAUCAGCACUAACCAAACGGAAAGCCAAUGCUCACACACAUGCAAUACGGGGUGGCUUGGCAACACAGCAGGCCGUGAAGAAAACCGUGGUUCUGACAUAACGCGCGUUGUUUUGUUUUGUUCUGCAGACGAGAGGACCCACGGAGUUGCAAUAACCGGGUGAAGCAAUUUUCCGAUCUGUCUGAAACACCCCCAUCUGUGAGGGAGUUCAUCGACUGGGUCUGUUUUGUCCGCGAUCGGGCAGAGUGUUUGUGUGUGCGUGCGUGUAUAUGGGCAGUGGUGUAGUGGAGGAUCCAAUUCAAUUGUUGUGUGGCGUCGACGGCCUUCCAAUCAUAUCAUUAUCACCUCAUUGAGCACGUUUCCCACCCUCCAAGGAAGGCGUGUUGGUCAUUCAUGUGUGAGCUUCCCGUACGUACGUACGUCCCCCCCCCCAAAUCGUACCAUCCUCCGGCGAACGCAAGCGAGAGGGAAAGUGAAGACAUAAUCCGGUGAAGCGUACAGUGACACACACACAUCCGAUCCCGGGACGAGUGUGACGACCGAUAGCGAGAGGAAAAAAAGGGCAAUUAUUGAAGGAAAAUAGCUCAGGACGCGUACAGACACACCGGCGCGUGUACGCCACUUACCGUGCAAAUGAAGAAGGUAAUGAUCCCUUCGUUGGAUAUGAAAAAGAGCAUUUCCGUGAAGGUAGAUAGUGAUCUGACAUUGCUACUGUCCAGUGGAGUGUACGAAAUCAAGAAGAUGGAGCCCCGCUGGCGGCUCCGACGACCGAUCAUCCUCAUAUGUCUGGCGCUCACCAUUGCCGGCAUCAUCGGCUUUGGCUACUACUGUCCAGAUCAGGUGUGUGCCCUUUCGCGCCGGGACGUCACCUCAUCGGCAGGGCUCGGGAUGCCGAGCGGUGGUUCCGACCUGACGGCUGGUUACGAGCACGAUAAUCUCGGCAAACCGGUCCAGCAGAAUCUGCUCGCGAACCCGGGCCUCAGCUACGAGGAGGUGCUGAACGAUGACUUCCAGUUCGACAUGAACGCGCACGACGUGAUGGUGUUUCUGCACAUCCAGAAAACGGGCGGCACCAGCUUCGGCAAACAUUUGGUGCGUGAUCUGGACCUGAAGCGCCCAUGCACCUGCCAGCGUAAGAAGAAACGAUGCUACUGCUUCCGACCACACCGGAACGAGAACUGGCUGUUCUCGCGCUACUCCACCGGCUGGAAGUGUGGUCUGCACGCGGACUGGACCGAGCUGACCGGUUGCGUCGAUCAGGAGCUGGACAAGAACGAGGGCGAAACGGCCAAACGACGCUACUUCUACAUCACGCUGCUGCGCGAACCGAUCGCGCGCUAUCUGUCCGAGUUCCGGCACGUGCAGCGUGGCGCCACGUGGAAAAAUGCCCGCCAUUGGUGCCUUGGGCGGCACGCGACGCCGGACGAGCUUCCGCCCUGCUAUAAUGGUGCCAACUGGAACGGGGUGGCGCUGGAUGAGUUCGCCGGGUGCGAAAGCAAUCUGGCCGCCAACCGGCAGACGCGCAUGCUCGCCGACCUGGCCCUGGUCGGUUGCUACAACAAAACGUACAUGCCGUCGGCCGAACGGGACCGGAUCAUGUUGGCCAGCGCCAAGCGCAACCUAGCGGCCAUGUCCUACUUCGGUCUGACCGAGUACCAGAAGAUCUCCCAGUACAUCUUCGAGGAAACGUUCAACCUGCGGUUCGCGAUACCGUUCGAGCAGCACAACACCACCGUGUCGACGGUGACGAUGAACAGCCUGACGCCAGUCCAGCGGACCCGCAUCGACCAGCUGAACGCGCUCGACCUCGAGCUGUACGCGUUCGCGAAGAAGCUAAUGUUCCAAAGAUUCGAAAGACUCAAAGCCAAAGAUAACGACUUCGAGGUCCGGUUUGCGCAUCUCGGCAACCUGGGCGUGCGGAACGGCGUGACGGAGUUCAACUGGGACAGCAACAUUGACGACAUGCCCAGCAACGAGCAUCACUGAUAUCGGCCCCCACGGGCUCGUCCGGCUCCGGCGAUGACAUCCGGCGAGGACGACCGCGACCGUAUCAUCACCACUGGCGGAGAAGGAGGAGGAGGUCGACGGCGCUGGCGGUCGGACAGUGGCAGCGGUGGACCGUUGCCGGCCUUCGGACCAUCAGCGUACCGAGCAGCAGCAGUGUCUGGCGGAGGUGGCAACCACAGUACCGCGACUGCCACCGCCCUCGCCGCUCAUCAAAACGCAAUCAAUCAUCAGCGCGCCGGAAGUGGUGGUGGUGGAUACGCUGGACCGUCACACGGUGACGUUGACAACCCCAUUAGUGCUAAGCUCAAUCUGACGACUAGUCCUAGCAGUGAACGUAGGCGUAAGAAGACAAAUAAGCAACGCAUCCGCAAGCGCGAGGAUACGCAUCCGCCGACGGUCGAUGCAACUAAGCUGUUGCAGCGAUAGGAAUCGUCGUGAAGCGACUACAAGGAUUAGAGCUAUCGACGUGCGCAAUGCGCUCUGCGCACGGUAACAUACACUUAUGCGGAACGCUACCGAUUCCGUCAACCGUGAAUCGAUCGAAAAGGAAGCUGUGGCAAAGAGGAUCAAAUAGAUUAUUGGCAAAUGGACGUCACCUCUUCCCCACCAGACCGCGCUGUAGUUUCGAGGUGUGACGGUAUAAGCUUUUUAAAAAAACCCUAUUCAAUCCGGUUGCCGGUGGUGGAUUGCACAUUAUGCUUAAUAAUCAUCGACUUGCCAUACGUGCGUGCGCUGGAGCCGAAAAGCAACGCGCUGGACGUGCAGAGCUUUCCUUGUGUUCGGGUAAUGCGAUUCCAACGUCCAAACCCGCGUUGAAGACGUUAAGCAGUGAUUGCUGGUGGUAUUGUGUAAGGCUUUAGUUUAGCUUUAAGAAAACUGUCCUAGGGCACAGGCAGUGUAGAUUUUACCGGACUCGUUAGCUACAACCAACGUCGGAAUGAUUAUCGCGGACUUCACACACACACACACACACAAAUCCUGACAAACGUUCGCCCGUGUAGGCAUAUCCGCACAAAUGCAUUCUCAGGGGGAAACACACAAAAUGGUGGCAACACGUGUAAAAAUGGCAAAUUUUAAAUUGUUCGCUUCUAAAGCAGCGGUCUGUGUGCGAGUGGUAAGAGUUUUAAACAAGGAUAAAACGCACCGACAGUGUAGUGGAUUCAACAAACGAAAAAGAAAAUCGUGUGAAAAGAGCAAUUGUCGUGAAGUGAAAUUAGGGAAAGCUACAUGCUAAAGGACGACGGUGUGUGUGGUGUACAGCAAGUGUUGGUUCUCGCUCGUGAUUCGUAACAUCUGAGAUGUGGCCACGGAAUGCGGUGAAGAUUGACUUCCGUUGUUUCUCCGUCGUCCCUACUGUGAUACCGUACCCCCUGGAAACGACUCACCAAAAAUGCAAGAAAAACCACCCGACGAGUGAAGUGAGCCCCCGCGCCUUUUCGUUCGUGUGCACGGUUUUAUUAUGAUACUGGACGGCGGCGGGGGGUAUCCGCGGCGAAGAAGAAAAGCGAGGCACGCGCCGCCGUGUACACACCACCGAGUGAUGCUAAAGUGAAAUGUGAAACUCGUACAAUACACUCACAGACACACAGAAAUGUUCGGGUCUAACGAGUUAAUGUAACCUGUCAUCAUGUCACCAUGUGCCAUGUGCGUCUCUCGCACGCGCUCCUUCACCCAGCAGCAUCGUCCUUAGGACGCCCAGUCAUCUUCAUUUCGCGUCACCGGCAAUGGAUGUGUGUAACGCCAUGGUGCAACAUCUUGAUGGCAGAGCGAGCAAGACGGUUCCUACCGACCGAGAUUUUAAAACAAGCAACGUACAGCAAAGGCACAAGUCUUCAGACACAUUCAGCGCAAUAAGAGUGUCGUGCGGCCCCGGAGUAGUCCCCGUAGAAACUCGCACACCGACGAUGUGAUGUGUGUGUGUAGUGUACGGUCCUUUGGCCUAUGACCUCGUUUCGAGCCCGGCAAUGUAUGCGGCGGUGAGCAAUCAAGCCCCCCGGAACGAAGAAAGCACACACAAUGUUUGCGAUGUGUGACUUUGGAUGGAGCGUACAGGAGAACAACGUGUGCUCUGAGGUGUAUACUAGCUCUAGCCUGUCUGCUGCUACUAUCCUUUUUGCUGCUGCCGCUUGUUGUGUGGUGUACUGCUGCUGGUUCCGUUUUUUUUUCGCAUCCCGUCGUUGCCGUCGCUCUCUUCAGUGAUUAGUGUCGUACGACGGGAAGCAGGAACUCACUCGACGAUGGUGGCGCGUCCGUCACACUUUGUUCGAAACAAACCCAAAGAUGGGGUGGGAGGGAUAAAGCUGACGCCAGCGAACAGCGGAGUGAUCCACUCUCAAGAGCCUCAAACACUUGGAACAAUGUAAGCGAGCAUAAAAAAAAAGCUGGGGGGUAGCUUUUUCCAUGGAAGCCGCCUGAAUAAUAGUGCAGUAGGCGACGGCCGCCCGACAACGCAACGCGUCUCCCGGAGCUGGGUCAUAGUGGCGUGGCCUCCUCGGUAGCAGACAGGCGAAUACUUCUUGAUGCUGUGGAUAUUGCGUCUAUGUAUUUGAAAAUCUCACUGACUAUCACGCAAUAGGCCACACAGCUCUUACUGGAAAUGAAGAAAACAACCGUUCAACAACUGGCUUUCCUUUGGCUCUGACUUAGCUCUCUUCAACAACUUCAUCGCGCACGGUGCGCAUAGCAAAAGCACACACACAGCCACAAAUAAUGCAAAAAAAAACCCCAACCAGAGAAACGGAGAACCCGGGGGGGUGUAAAAACAGCUUCCCGGAUCCGCGCAAUGUACAGUUUUAGUUGAUAAGCUUGUUAGCGUACGCUCAGAUGUAUGAGACGCGUGUGGCAUACGAGACGAGCGGAAGAAACAGCCUUAGCAUAAUGCGACUCCUAAGGAACGUUUUCUUUUUCACGCACACGCACGCUCCAAUCCCUUAAUCCUUUCUUCCGUGGUUGAAGGUUUGAUUUUUUUAAGCUUUAAUGUUAACACCACACCGUACCGAUAUCCUUAAGCGACGGACGAUAGUGGAAAGAUGGAAAAUGGGUGUAAGGACAAUCGAGAAUAUCACACUCGGAUCGAUAUGCAGGAGGUGAAUAUAUAGCGUACCAAAGAUUUAGGGUUGAGCCCUGUGCCUCUUGCGUUUGCGUGUUAAUGUUGCCUCCAAGCGCGAAUGAGUUGGACUGGACGGCUUAGUUAGGCAAAACAGCCUAAUGUGUCUAUGCGCAAAUGUGAUCUCGAUCUCGGGCGUGUGCGCAUCCGUUUUACGACAGCUAGCUUGUAAAGCAAAUAACGACUAAGAGAAGUAUUUAGCUUUUAAGUUUAGCUUUUAAUUUUCCAAUUCCCAAACUCACCUACUAUACAACAAGCAUAAAGUGGCAAUAGAAAGCAGGAGGAUCGAGGGAAGGGCCGUCGUUGACGGCGGCGCAAUACACAUUUUCAUAAACCAUAGUGUGCAAUAGGGAUAGGCAGAUAGCAGGGCCGAACGCGGCAUUGCAGUAAUCACCUCAUUAAAUGAUAACGAACAGCAAGCAGAAACAAGCAUCCAUUACACAACUAUACAACAAAAUCAUAUCAAAACUGAAAUAGAACGAGGAAAUGGACAGUAGAAACAACAGAAGAAGAAAACUUGGACGAAAACAAUAGUAGUAAACAUUCGUCAAAAGGGAUGAUAUGCUAUGAAAGGGAUGAAAUUUACAUACGUUUUAGGGUUUGUUUUUCACCAUAAAAUUGCUUUCUUCCCUAAUUUUUUCCUAUUUUUUUUCCGAUUGGAAGAUGUAUCGUGAAGCAUACAAAAUCCCACCGGUUUGAAAAGGCGGUUAGAAGGAUUAGAAAAACACUAUAGAUGAACGAAAUCAAUCCCACGACUCCCGGUUAAGUCUUUUACCACAACCUCCCAGGUCUAUCCAUCAAAUAUCCAGUGAGCGCCAACUUGAUCGUAUCGGUUGGUGUUGCUUUUCUUCCUGCACGCGCUAGGAACGGCGGUUCCACAAACAUUGAACUAUGGGCCAAUGAGGUUAAUUUAGUUAUGCGUUACUCAUCCACUAACUUACUUUCGAAGGAGUAAUGGGGAAUAACGUGGUGGUCAGGGCAUUAUAACAUCUCCAACAGAGGGCGAAGAAAUGAUACACAAUUUAUUCUGUACAAUACUCUCGGCUUCUUCACGGUACAAAAAAGGGACUGAAGAAAACAGGGGAAAGCCUUUUGUCUUACGUUACGUUAUUUGCUUCGAAGAAAAGCGGUAAAUUCAAGCCCCAGUUUUAGGCGGGGGGAGAGUAUGCGGACAAAAAUCCUAGUAGCAUAUGUGGUUGUUAAGGAAACUGUGAAAAGGUUGACGAAUUGAAGUAAAACCGUGUAAAAAAGGAUCGUAGUUGGCGCGAUUAUUUGUGUUGAGGUGUAAAGCUUUCUUAAGAUCCUAUUUUGUUUAAUCUGUUUUUGGAUUUCAAUGGGAAAUCAAAAAGGAGUAUGUUAAAUGCAUUUAAAUUGCUUAAACAGAAGCAAAAAAUCGUUCAAAAACGCGAAAAAACAGACCUGAAAGACAGAGACUGUAAAUCUGUAAAGAAAAAAGGAUAACAUAAGAAUGAAAAAGAAAACGAUCCAACUUAAACCAAAACACAACAACACAAAACAAGAAAAACAGGUGCAUCCCCCCCCACUCAAAUCGAUAGGUUUUCCCCCGCCCACAUUUGUAUGUAGUGUUACUUAUAUAUAAGCGCAAAGAAAAGUGAUUAAAAAGAACGGGACAAACCGAAGCACGAGAAGGCAGAGGAGAGGCAGGAGUGGAGUGCCGUUAAAUUUUAAGUGAGUUGCACGUGAAAUGUAUCACGUAGCGCGAAAACAGGCCAUUUGUACAGUUCGAGUGCAUUUUCUUAGCGUGUUAAGAGCAUGUUUGAGAGGGAAAAGGGGGGGUUGGAAGAGAGAAACCCCCCAACAACAUACACACAACACCAUACGUUGUAUCGCGUAACGAAUGCGCAAACAAAAACCACAAAGAUUAUAUUACGAUAUAAAGAGAAAUAAAAUCUUACCCGUAACACACCGAGUGCAGGUGCAAGAAUGA